ACAGUGGGGCUUGUCAACAAAAGGCGAUGUUUUGUUUUGGUAAAGAUACUAACGGUAGCGAGCAAGCAGGCUAUCAAAGGAAUAUUAGCUAGCUGAUGAGAUCAAAUGGCUGAUAAACGUGGUUUGGAGAAACUGGACUUUGGUGCAUUAAGCAUCGAGCAACAACAGCAACUCCGACAAUUUAAGAUCAAUACAAGAAUCAACAAUGAAAAAUAUUUGAGAGAGCAUCCAGAGACGGAGGCCUUAAUAAGCGACUUUUUAAGAGAUGUAUUUCUCAAAAGACCCACAGACAUUCGAGAGUAUGCAGCAGAUUACUUCACCGACCCAAACCUUGGUUUGAUCAUUGGCUCCAAACUGCAGGGCGAUCCUGCCGAGACAGGCACAGACUGAAUCCUUACCGGAUUGUUUGGCAGUUCAACUGUUAUUGAAGUGUAAAGCUGUAACAGGCCUCUUUCUCUGUGUUCUGUACCUCCUCUGUAUUGACUAGUUAUUUGUUGCAAAGUAACGUGAUACAAAUAUAAAACAUGAUAUAAAGUGGGAAUGUACUGGCAACCAGGCAGAUGUUCUUAAUGAGCAUCAUUACAACAGGUUAGUUACAGGGCUAAAGGAGGAUGUUUAUACCGCUGGUUGAGAGGAAAAGAUUUCUAGGCCUAGAGGGUGGAGUGGACAGCCUCUUUACAGGAGUUCUCAGGGGAAAGUCUAAACGGGAUCAUUGGGACGUCACAACUCUGACAUUACCCUAUUUUUUUAUAUUUUUUACCUUUAUUUAACUAGGCAAGUCAGUUAAGUACAAAUUGUUAUUUUCAAUGACGGCCUAGGAACAGUGGGUUAACUGCCUGUUCAGGGGCAGAACGACAGAUUUGUACCUUGUCAGCUCGGGGGUUUGAACAUGCAACCUUCCGGUUACUACUAUUGGAAGUUUAAAUAUAAAACAGUUAAGGUUACAAGGAUUCUCGAUAGCACUAACCGCUUUCUCAAGCCUCAAAGUUCCCCCUUCUGGACUCCCGUAUCCGUUGACUCCCCAACUCAUCAGAUGAAACAAAAAAACAUUUAAGCAAGAUGAGAAAAUGUGACAGCAGCAAUACUGACCACACGGUUUAAAUGUUUAAUGACUUUAAAAUCAUCAAGUAACCAGCGCAUCAGGCUUUGCUGUAAAAACAGGUCAAAUCCAUCUCACAAAGAUGACAAAAUCAUUCAGAAUUCUGUUUGAUUCACAUUUUAAAAUCUGACACACUACAAAAAUAGGCACAUCUGGUUUAACAAUUAAGUGAUUGUAUAGAGAAGACCCUGAAAUUGUAUAAAAACCUAUACCCUGUUAAUAUUGGACAUUUCAACAGUAGGCCUACGUAGUACAUUCUGUAACCAACAUACUGUGGUAGAGCAUGUGAAUAGAGCUUUUAAAUCCUGAGCGAACAGGCACAAAUCAUCAAUGUUUAGACACGUCAAUGUUGAAAGGUAACAGAUUUCCUUUUUAUAUAUACACAAGAUUGUCAGUAACUUACAUUGUUUGAUAUUUGUUCAGGCAAUUGAUUGCCCUUCUCUUAUGGCUUGUAUUGGGCUCCGGGAAUCCAGAAUUGUAUCUUGGACACAGAUCUAGGAUCAGAUUACAUUAUGUAAAAUCUUAAACAUAAUCCUUAGGGAGUAAAACACACAACUGACCUUCUACCAGUGUCUAUAGGCAACAUCAUCUUGCUGCCUUUAGCUCAGAGUAGUGUACCAGUCUCCUGACCCCAGAGCCCAUCUACAUUACACAGUAUGAUGGAGCUAUCAAUACACACUGAUCUGAUCCAAGGUCAGUAUUGCGUUAUCCCCUAAUGGUAAUGGUUAGGAUUCAAAGAGGGUAAGCUGGCCCUGGAUCUGUGCCUAUUAAACAAUCAACAAUCUCACACACAUACUGUACUUUAACCACAACAUGCAAAGGAGUUUCAACCAACCGCGAUACAAGUUAGUGUUGUUUUAUGUUGUGUCUGACUUGCACAGCAUUUUAACAUUAAAGCGGAUCCCCCUUUAAAAAACAUGACUCCCGUUAUUAGAACCCAAUGCACAACAGUAGGCCUACGUAGUUCAUUCUGUAACCAACAUACUGUGGUAGAGCAUGCUCACUUUAGUACACAAUGUAAAAUUCUAGUUUGGAGACACUGAUUGAACGGCAAUGACUACAACCAUCACACACUGCAGCCAUCCCACAGACACACACAUCCAGUGUCCGAUGUUCUUCACGUACAAACAGGUUUAGUCCCACACACACUUCCAAUGUCUCCCGUCUUCACACAAACAUGGCCUGGGACACAAAGCUGUCUCCACGAGAUGUUCCAGUGGCAGGGGGGUGGUCCUCCUCUUUGUCAUGGUAAUCAUUGGCCUUGUACUGGUUGGGGGCGUACAGGGGCGGGACUUCGUUCAGCCUGGGUUCAUCCCAGCCAGAGGGGGUGCCAGCGUAGCGCAACUCCUCCGCAUCACGAUUGUAUUCCUCAUCACUGUACGCGUCCAAGUCCUGGUGGGAAAGAUAACCAUAUAAAAUAAUCUUAAUAAUCAGGGCAAAAUAAGGAGAACCAAUGUAGUCUUCAUAGUAUUCUAGUGACCCUUGAAUUAGCGAACAAACUGACAGAGCAACACCCUUUGAGAGUCUUGACCCCAGGUCUUCUAGCCAAUUGACAAACUUGCUAACCACUGCUCCAAUAGAGGUUAAAUCACGGGAGGAAAUUGUAACUAGCUUACCAAGGCAAUGGUUUCUACACUAUUAAAAACACAUGUUUCCAUCUA